AUGAGGACGUUUAUCAGGAACAGAGGAUUUCUAAUUACUCUUACCACAAUUAUACUACGUAUCUCACACGCCUUCCAGAACCCCAUCAUCCCUGGUUUUAAUCCAGAUCCCACAAUCCAGAGAGUUGGCAAGGACUACUUCCUCGCAACUUCAACUUUUGAGUUCUUCCCGGGAGUUCCCAUAUACCAUUCCAUUGAUUUAAUCAAUUGGGAAAUCAUUGGCCAUGCAUUGAACCGGCCUUCGCAAUUGAAUCUGAGAGGUACUGCCCCUAGUGGUGGUAUCUUCGCACCCACUUUGAGGUAUCACGAACAGACAAGAACGUAUUAUAUGAUCACGACCCUGUUUGAUAUUAUCAGUCCACCAGAUAAUGUAACACAUACCCCUCGAAGUUUCUACGUCACGACUAAAAACAUUUGGGAUGAAAAGUCCUGGAGCGAUCCAACUUAUGUCGACCAAUGGGGAUUCGACCCUGACCUCUUCUUCGAUACUGACGGCCGCACCUAUCUCACCACUACCCUAGGCUCCCAAUUCGUCGACCCCGACUCCGGUUAUUUUGCAAUCUGGAUCUCUGAGAUUGAUAUUAAAACCGGCAAUGCGCUUAGCGAAGCCAGACUCUUCCAUGUCAGUGACUUGCCGCUGAAUACGCCGAGGCUUGCGGAGGGGAGCCAUUUGUUCAAGAAGGAAGGCUGGUAUUAUUUACUAACAGCAGAGGCGGGCACCGAGGCAGGUCAUAGGGCCAUGAUUUCCCGCGCAAGAAGCCUGAAUGGGCCUUGGGAGGCAAAUCCGCAGAACCCCAUACUGUACAAUGGGCACAAGAUGUCAAAUCCAAUUCUAGCCACUGGCCAUGCCGAUUUCGUUAGCACCCCCACCGGCGAUUGGUAUGCUGUCUUCCUAGGAACUCGUCCCCAAAACCCUGCCAACAGCACUGGCAAGAAUCAGCUAGGCCGGGAGACUUUUAUGGCCUCUAUGAAGUGGGUAGAUGGGUGGCCGGUGAUUAAUAAUGGAGAAGAUAUCACGUUUGAGAUGCCAGGAUUGUACGAUCUUGAGAGACCGAAGAAGUGGAGAGAUGAUUUUAGUGGAAAGCUGGGAGAUAAAGGUUAUUACACUCCGAGGACACCCUAUAAAAAAUUUUAUAGCUUGGACGAGAGACCGGGAUGGCUUAGAAUCAAAGGGAAUCCAUAUACACUGAGUGAUAGGGAGACUCCGGCUACUCUGAUGCGAAAACAGGUAGACUUGGGAACCGUUUGGAGUAGUGAGCUUGACUUUAAGCCUACCAAUCCCCGCCAUGAGGCAGGCGUCACAAUAUUUCUUUCUAUUCAUUACCACAACGAGAUAGCCAUCACACUCCACCCCGAGACUAAAAAGCGAGUUAUUGCAGCAAAGACCCGCAUGGGGGUAAACGCAUCACUAAACACAACCUACGCAGAGAUCCCAGAAACUGGGACAGUGAAGCUAUAUAUCAAGGCAGAACCAUCCAAAUACUCACUUGGAUAUGCCACGGGUAAUGGAAAGCCAAUAUAUAUCGCAGAAGUAGAAAACCGAUGGUUACAGGCGUAUUUGCCGGGGUGGCAGGUAUUCACAGGGUCAUUUUUCGGCGUGUAUUCGACGGCUGGGUUAGGGUUGCCGAUGCUUGUGCCUGCGGACUUUAACUAUGUCGAGACAGAGCUGCUCUGA